AUGGUAUACCAUGGGUACAAAACAAGUACAUCUGCUGCUCACAAGAUGGCACUUGAAAGUUAUUUGGAGACAAUAAAAGACAUGAGGCUGCAAGGAAGCACAUAUGAGGACAUUUCUUCUACCCUCGUCUCCAUGGGCUUGGAAAAGGGUGGUUCCAUACAUAAUAUAAAAAAAUUCUGUCUCAGAUAUAAUCUAAAGCAGAAGGAAGUAGUGUCCAACACUCAUCUAGAAGCUGCAGUAGUGCAAGCUGUUCGAGAGACAGGACCAACGUAUGGUCGGCGGAUGAUGGCUGGGUAUCUAGCCAGCAAAGGCGUACAUGCCUCUCAACAGCGUGUUGCAGCUGCACUACGUAUUGUCCAGCCGCCAUAUCACAGGGCACGCAGUCAAGGAUUAAGAAACCUGAAUCCCGUGCCUUACCAUGCAGCAUACAUGGGUCAAAAACUGCAUAUUGACCAGAACGAGAAGAUGGUCAUGUUUGGCGUGACAUACGUUGUAGCCAUUGAUGGCUACAGUGGUAAAUUGGUUGGCCACUCUACCAUGCCAAUUAAAAAUAACCUCACAAUUUAUGAUGAAGUUUACAAGUCUGCAGUUCUCAACAAUGGACUAUGGGAUCAAGUCAGAGUCGACCAUGGUAAAGAGUUCCUCUUGUCUCUCUUUGUACAAGACAAGCUGUCUGGGUAUAGAUUCGACCAAGAAAGGCCACCAUAUUUACAAACAAAGUCAACAAAGAAUCACAGAAUUGAACGUGUGUGGCCUGAGGUCAACAACCGUGUGACUUAUCCUCUAAAGUCGGCAAUCAUCAAUCUCGUGAAUCAGGAGAGGCUAAACAUGGAAGACAACACUGUGCGUUUCUGCUUGUCAAACCUGUCAUGUCAGAUUGCCAAUAUUGGACUUCAGCGUUUUGUUGACGCAUGGAAUAGCCAUUCAGUUUCAGGUAGAGGUAUCCCAAAUGUCUUGGCAGAGGGUGGCUGCAGGGUGAAGCUCACUGCAGAUCAGCUUCCAACUGCAAGUCAGGCUGCUGACUUGUAUGACCAAGAAAAUCACGCCAGCCUAACAAGAGCAUCAGUCUUUGGUAGAAAUCCCUUUGUGGAUGCAACGGAACGUCAUCGGGUUGAGAGGCGCUUCGCUGAGGCGUAUUCAGACAUCACAGUCCUGCUUGAUGAGACAGUGAACCAAAAUUUUGGGCCUUUCCAAAAUGCAUUAAUGCACUUGGUUCAUCUUUCAUCCCAACAUGACUGAAUGACUGUGCCAAUGAGGAUUCGACACUGCUGUGCCACCCUUCCCCACUACCCUCCAACAUCACCAAGGCAUCACAGAGGGCUUUCGGAGAAUGGCUGCUGUGCUAUCCUGUCACACCACCCAAACAUGGACUAACUGUUUUGUUGUUGCUACAGUAUAUAUACGAAACACAAUCAACUGAGGGGUUAGCUCUUGUAGAUUUUUUUUUUGCUAAAUAUAACGUUUUCAUCCAACAUUUUUAAAGACGAUUGUAUUACAAACUAUAUUUACUUUGUUAUGUUAAUGAAACAUGAGUAAAACCAUGUGAAAAUCACCCAUUAAAUGAAGCCUCCCCUAAGAAGUGUUUUUCAGUUAUAAGCCUAUGGACAUGGUUGUACAGUGGUGGUCCAGACACAAAAAAUCUUGAAUAUUGAAAACUACAGAGGUCUAGAAUUCUAUGAUGGUAUUUUGACAAGACAUUCCACACCUGUAAGAGUCAAUUACAUUACCAUGUUUGGAUCUUGAGUGUAGGCUUUAGUAAUGUUAUAUAUCCAUGUCUAUAUACAUUUAAAAAAUAUUUCAUUCAUAUUAUACUGUUUGAAAGAACCAUGUUGAUUUUUUCAGUAACCAUAAUGCCAAUUUAAUUUGUUACCAAAAUGAAAAUUGCAUGAUGUAACUGGUUUUCAACUGUAACUGCAAUUCGAUUUAUUAAUCCUAAUGUUACUCAAAGGAAUUAAAUUCAAAUG